CGUGGGCACCAUCGGCUUUUCAGUCGACACAAAGAAAAACUGCCCUUCUUAGCUCAGCAGCUACGGGUUUCGGGUUUAAUCUAAAGCAGAGAGAGAGACACACACAUCACCUCCACAGAUAUAUAUUUGAAACAGUGUUUGGUGGAAGUCAGGGAAUAAUGUCUGCUUUCGCGUACUCUGAUUAUUUAGCCGCGGAGUGCCUGGUGUCUAUAUCCAGCGGCGCUGUGGUGCAUACCCCCUCUCCCGGUACCAGCCACCGCCAACAGAGACAGCUCGAAAGUUCAAGCGAGGACAAAGAAGUUAGAGACACGCUGAAAGAAGGAGCCAGCAUGCUUGCCGUGGCCGGGAUCUUAACCGACCUCCACAGCAAGUUCCGACCCAUGUCUGCCUUCUCGGAGAGCAGUAACUCGUCGCUGGGGGACCCGGACGCUUUUUCCUGUGGGGAGAGCGGAUACACCACGCUGUCUGAUUCAACUACCCCGACCCCCACCCCGACCCCUGGACAGAGGGAAGAGGGGCGAUCGGAUACGAAAUCGCCAAUGAAACGACACCAGUGCACCUUUGAUGGAUGUGACAAGAUUUACGGCAAAUCGUCUCACCUGAAAGCGCACAUCAGGACGCACACGGGCGUGGUGGAAGCAAAGGCAUACCCAGCCUCCGAAGCAGCUCUUGCGAUUAUCAAGGGAGGCGCGACUAGGCAGAGGGAGGUGUACUACCCAGGCUUCUGGCAGCCGGUGUGUCUCAUAAAGGACUGGUUUCCUGGCAUGAGGGACAUAGCCAUACAGAGCACCUACAACUAUAAAGCAGUUACACAAACAACAACCACAUAG